CAGUCGACUUCGUCCGCUUCAUUUCGUCGCUCCAGCUGCUGCACUGGUGCACGUGCUCGGCGCCGCGCCACCAUGGGCUUCAGCUUCCUCCCCGUGAUGGAGUACCUCUCGCGCCGCGCCUUCCACGCCGCCGGCCUCUGCCCCCACACCGUCACCCUCCCCUGCGACCCCGGCGAGGGCGGCGGGGCUCGAACGAUCCACUACUGGGCGCCGCCGGGGGAGCCGCGCCUGCCGCCGCUCCUCCUCAUCCACGGCUUCGGGCCCAUGGCCACAUGGCAGUGGCGCCGACAGGUGGGCCCCUUCUCCCGCCGCUUCCACGUCGUCGUCCCGGACCUGCUCUGCUUCGGCGGCUCCUCCCCAUGCCCCUCCUCCCCGGCGCCCUCCGAGUCGGCGCAGGCCGCCGCGCUGGCCGCGCUGCUCGACGCGCUCCCGGGCCUCGCGGCGACGGCGCGCGUCGCCGUGGCCGGCACGAGCUACGGCGGGUUCGUGGCCUACUCCCUGGCGCGCGCGGCGGGGCCCGCGAGGGUCGGCCCCGUGGUGAUAUCCAACUCCGACCUGCUCAAGACGGCGGAGGACGACAGGGCGUUCCUCGAGCGCGCCGGCGGCGAGUGGGCGAGCGCGGCGGACUUGCUCAUGCCGCUGGACGCGCGCACGGCGCGGCGGCUCAUGGAGCUCUCGUUCUACCGGAAGCAGGUCACCUCCAUGCUGCCGGACUUCCUGAUCAGAGAGGGCGUGCAGAGACUUUUCAGCGAUAAGAGGGAGGAGAAGAUCGAGCUUAUGAAGGCCAUCACUGUAGGGACAGAUGAGUUCCAACUUACACCCUUGGAGCAGGAUGUUUUGCUCGUCUGGGGAGACCAUGACCAGAUAUUCCCUGUGGACAAGGCAUUCGCUGUCAAGAGGUGCUUAGGAGAGAAUGUGAGGUUGGAAAUCUUCAAGGAAACCGGGCAUGUGCCGCAGAUGGAGGACCCGAAUCGGUUCAACGAGGUCGUCUUGGACUUCUUGCUUGCCUCUCAAAAGUCCCCAAACCAGCAUGAUCAGUAGUUCAAAUGGUCAGCUCCGUCCUGAAUCCAGAGUACCACAGAGCAUUCCUGAACUUGAAUAUCCCCAUACAAAGUUUGCAGGAAUUUUGCUAUACAUAUGACAAUGCUCCAAGUUGUUCAGUAAUGUUGCUAGUGCAUCAUACUCCCUCAGUUCCUAAAUACUUGUCUUUCUAGGCAUUUCAACAAGUGACGACAUACGGAGCAAAAUGAGUGAAUCUACACUCUAAAAUAUGUCUACAUACAUCCGUAUGUAGUAGUCAUUUGAAAUGUCUAGAAAAACAAGUAUUUAGGAAGGGAGGGAGUACAUUAUAUGUUGUAAACUAGUAUAUGCUUCAGCCAAUAACACCACCUCACCCUUCAAGCAGCAAGAAUGCUUGGAUCCAUUCAGGACGCAGUAGCAAGUACAGUGGCAGAGAAGAACCAUCAAAUUCUGACCUUGUCAUGUAAAUUAUGUGGGUGUUUUUAUAAGACGAUUUUCAUUGAAACUA